GCACCGUGACGUCGAUCAGUGCGGACUCUGGGCGACAUGUGCUGCCCCAACCAACAGUCCAAGAGCUUCACACCAUAUCUCGUGAGAACAGAUAUGGCCAAUAGCCACUACUUGCCAAAUUCGUCAAUUCUGUAUGCCAUGGCUUGACACCAUAGUCUCAUGGCCAACGUCAAGAGCAACACCGACGGCCUAUCGCCGUACUCAACAGACGCGUAUGACUUCACGAAGCUCCCGGAUUUCGACAAUGACUUCGUUGUGGAAGAAGAGCUGACCGAAUUCGCGAGGGCUCUUGCUGUUCCAGAACAGUCGCCCUCUCACGAUGAUCUCACCAGCCCCAUUGCGUCUACAAAAUCCAGACCUCGGUUCAUUACGGCCUUGAACGACUGGAGACCCAUUCAUCAACGCGUACGAAAACGAAAAAGGAAAGCUCCCCGGCGUGGCAAAGACGAGACAAGAGAAGGCUUUGUAUAUACGCUUCUGAAGUGGCCCCUUUUGCUCACAGUGUUCGGCUGGCUCGGAUUUUUGGGGGUAUCAUACCUCCUCACUCGAGUCUACAUUUUCCUCUACGAGCACUGGAUCACCUGGAGAGGCCAGAGAGAGAUAUUGCGAAGAAGCCUCAGAAGUAAGCAGGCAUAUGAGGAAUGGGUAGCGGCCGCAAAAGAGCUGGACACCCAUCUUGGGAACGACGAGUGGAAAAAAACAGACGACUAUGCAUACUACGACAGUAAAACUAUUCGUCGGGUUGUGAACCACAUGAGCAAGUUUCGGGAGCGGGCUGAAAUGGACGAGAUAGGAUUUACAGGUCUGUCUGAUGACAAGAUGAAGGAGGUUCGUGCUGUAGACGAGCUUCGAGGCUUGGUAGAGGCAUCAGUCAAACACAAUUUUGUUGGGUUCGAGAACGCUCGACUAUAUAGCGAAAGCUACUACGGCACGAAAGACCUUGUUCAGCGUUUCAUUGACGAGGUGACUCAGUCGCUACAUUUCCUGCAAAGGACAAAUCAGCUGGACCCCGAAAGUAAGCACGCGCUGUUCAAACAUAUCCAUCACAACUUUGGGCGGACUGCGCUCUGCUUAUCUGGCGGAGCUACCUUCGCAUACUACCACUUUGGGGUUGCGAAAGCUCUCCUCGACGCAGAGCUUCUACCGGAGGUCAUUACAGGAACAUCUGGCGGUGCUCUGGUUGCAGCUCUCCUCACUACACGAACUGAUACGGAGUUGAAGAAGCUACUGGUUCCAGCUCUAGCAUAUCGCAUUACAGCAUGUCAGGACGCAACGUGGACGUGGAUGAGACGCUGGUGGAAGACAGGAGCGCGCUUCGACAGCAUUGACUGGGCUGCAAGAUGCCAAUGGUUCUGUCGAGGUUCAAUGACAUUCCGCGAGGCAUACGAACGCACCGGGCGGAUUCUCAACGUCUCCUGCGUUCCAUCUGAUCCUCACUCGCCGGCAAUCCUAGCAAAUUACAUGACUGCACCUGACUGUGUUGUCUGGUCCGCUGUUCUGGCUUCUGCUGCUGUCCCUGGGAUCCUGAACCCGGUCGUCCUUAUGAAAAAAACCAAAAGCGGCAAACUGGAGCCGUACUCUUUUGGACACAAGUGGAAGGACGGGUCACUCCGUACUGACAUUCCCUUAAAGUCACUGAAUCUGCAUUUUAAUGUGCGGUUCAGUAUUGUCUCGCAGGUAAACCCACACAUUAAUCUCUUUUUUUUCUCAUCCCGCGGAACGGUCGGUCGACCCGUCACUCACCGUAGAGGUCGCGGAUGGCGCGGCGGCUUUCUUGGCAGUGCCACGGAACAAUACAUCAAACUUGACCUUACGAAGUGGCUAAAGGUUUUGCGGCAUCUGGAGCUUCUCCCACGGCCUUUAGGACAGGACUGGAGUGAAAUAUGGCUCCAACGCUUUAGUGGGACCAUUACCAUCUGGCCGAAGUCCAUUCCCUCUGACUUCUACAACAUCCUUACAGACCCUACACCAGCUCGACUUGCACGAAUGAUCCAUGUUGGGCAACAGUCCGCGUUCCCCAAGCUUAAGUUUAUUGGUAAUCGUACGAAGUUAGAGCGCGCGAUCGAGGAAGGAAGACGAGCAUCAAGGGUCCGCGACCAGGAUGGCAUGAACACAGUAUUGUCUGAAGAUGACUUGAAAGGGUUGCUCACGGAAGCACGUAAGAACAAUGGUGUAGUAUCAAACCCAUGGUCCGGAGCGGAAACCGACAGCGACGACGAAGGGCCACGAUAUAAGAAGCGGUCAAUUCCUUUGAUGAAAACCUCAUUGAAAUCAAGUUCUCAUCCAAAGCUCUCCAUUAGCAAGACUAGGAAGGAUGAACCGUCGCACACUCCCAUGGACGAGAAGACCACAGCUGAGGAACCACCAUCUCCAGCUCUUUCAUCACGACUCUCGAAUUGGUGGUCGUCCAUCAAUCCGCGACACGGGCCUCGGUCCAAGCCAACGUCUCCAUACACCACAACACCUACUGGAGAAGGCAGACCUCUUUCGAUGUUUGAACUCCGCAGUCCACAAAUGACGAAAUUGUAUCAGCGUGCGGCUGAAGCCCAAGGUGAGAGGCGCGGCAGCUGGGUUAGGGAAAUGGAACGACAGACGCGUGUAUUUGUAGAUGAUUCCGAAAGCGACGCAGAUAAUGGGCCACGACCGAAGUCGAAGAAAGACGAAGCAGAAACGCAGUCUUGCGAAGAUACUGAGGAUAUGGACACAUACGACGAUACUGACUUAACGGAAGGAGAUGAUGAGACAGUACUGGGGGAGUUCGUGGAAACUACCAACUGGGAUGUCGAUGACGCAGAGCGAGAAAGGGCAGAACAAGCAGAAAUGAAGUACAUCAACGACGAGGACGAUGCAUGAACUAGGACAUAUAGAGGUUCGCGAGUGAAGAGACAAGGUUUCUUUCGCACGAAUCUGCAUAGGAUAGAUACAAGCUUUUUGACUAUGCGAUAGAUACCAAUGGGCUUUGCUUGGCCUUGCUCACUUGAGAACACCGCGUGAUUCAUGCGCGUCGAGCACACUGUGGAAGAGUCAUGUUUGAACAGAUAUAUGCAUGUUCAAUGCAUGAAAUGAAGAUCAGGCAAACCAUCAGCUUGACUUAAGCCAAAUUCAGC